GCAGUAUUACGUAAUCGUGAAAUACCAAAUAAUAUAUAAUCCUCGCGUGUAUACAAUAAUUUUCACCUUUUUUUCUAAAACUGACUAAAAUGGAUAUUGAAACCGCAAGGUCCGAAUUAACACUUUAAACUCUAGAAAUUAUGGGCUACACGAAUUAUUAUUGGAAAUAAGCGAAGAGAAUGAAAGUGUACUGGGGGAAAUGGUAGAACAUUUAUGAAAAAGCACCAGAUGAUCUUGCAAAUUCUAUAGUUGUCCUAAAGAGUCAUGCGGAACGAUUAAUUAAAAUAAUGAAAGAACAAAUUCUAUCAAUAAAAGUGUUUUUAUUUUAAUGGGUGAAUUAUUAAAAAUAUUAGAAAACAAAAACGCCUUAAGUGACUAUCGCGAUUGGAUCACGUAUUUUAAUCUUGCAUUAGAAACGAAGUUAGAACCAAAGAUAUGGUCAACAGUAAAGUUUGCCGUAUAUAGGAAAGUUACGGAUGAAAAGGAGAAUUGCGCUGAAAGGGAAAAAGAACCUAUUUCACAACUGGAAAACGUUUUAAAGGGUGUCAACAUGUCAAUUUAUGAAUACGAACUGUUAAUAUGGAUGAAAGAUAAAAGCAACCGCGAAUUCCAUAAAGAUAAACGGCAAACUCGAAAACAGGCGGAACUUCAACUUAAAGAAUCUUUUCCUAAAGACAUGAUGGUUUUAAAGGAACCUUUACAAAAGGGUUUGACGCUCUCAAUGUCUGGGAUGAAUAAGGAGAAAAACUUUUUAAACAUUACUUAUCACUCAAUAUAAUAAUUUCACACUGUAGAAGCACAAUAUUUGCAUUCGUGAUGUAUAUCUGAUUCACACAUCAACAUAGAUUAGAUACAUCAUAAACAAGCUAUAUCUUUUUUUACUUAUUUAUUUCUGUACAUGUAAGCUUAUUCUUUCUGCAUUUUUAUCCAACAAAUAAAACAAAAUUUAUAUUUGCAAA